AAAAGGUCUUAUUGGUAUGUAUAUAAUGUAUAGAAUGGCUUGUAUAGAAUAUUUCUGUGUUUGUAUAUGCUCAAUUGCCUAACAUGAAUUUAACACUUGAGGUAAAGGACAUUAUGACCAUGUGAAACCUGACCAUUUUUCCAUUUGAACCCAUCUGAUCAAAUCAAUUAAAUUAUUUCUGUGACAGUAACACAGACACACAACACUGUCAGCUCAGUUCAUUGUUGGAUGUCACAGCAUCCAAAACAUGUAGCGCAACGAGGAAAAAAUGAGGCAUGCUGGGAUUGUAAUGGAAAGUUCAGCUCUUCUCCAAGUGGGGUCCUGCUCAUAAACUGUACUGAAUCCAGUCACACGGGGAAUCAUACAGUACAAGUAAGCUGAUCAUUUAUUUACUCUGCAGUGAGUCAGGGCAGUAAAAUGUGUGUGUGUGUGUGCGUGUGUGUGUUUUGAGUGAAUCAUUUUGAGUAAUUAUUCACAGUUGGAAUAUUAUAUUAACCAUUUUCUUUGACUAGAUUAUUCUCCACUAUGACAGUUUUAUUCUGUUGCUUUUCAUUAAGCAUAGACAUCUGAAAUUAAAGGGAAUUAUGUUAUUGCGGCAUUAUCCAAAAAAACUGGGUUAUAUUGAUUAGUCUGAGAGAUGCAGGCAGUCCGUAUUACCCCCCCCCCAUCCUCAUCCUCCUCCUCCUCCUCCCUUCAUCCGUCCAUCAUACAUUAAUCCGAGUGUUAGUGUUGCAUUCGACCAUAACAAUAGACAUAUGGUAGUAUUUAGGAUUACUCCUAAUUCUUUCAUUACUAAAUGUCUGGAGUGUGUUUUCCCACAUCUGCUUUGUUUUAUGGCCAGUUCACUCUUCAGCUGCUAUGGAUCUGGACGUAGUGACCUUAUUUGCCAUUGCUGUGGGGACGCUCGCUGUUCCACUUUUACUUUUCACUGCAUCCUUCAUGCUGUGGCCUUCAUCGCUUAUCAGAGUUUAUUUCUGGUACUGGAGGCGCACCCUGGGUCUGCAGGUGCACCAUGCCGAUUGUGGAGGCUAUCGGUUUUGUUACUCUUCCAGAGGAAGGCCUAGCGUCAGACCCUCCAUCCUCAUGCUGCAUGAUUUCUCUGCUCACAAAGACACAUGGCUCUCUGUGAUUAAGUACCUUCCAAAGCAUCUGCACCUUCUGUGUGUGGACAUGCCUGGGCAUGAGGGGACAACACGUACCAGUGCAGAAGACUACUCCAUCCAGGGACAGGCUAGGAGAAUACACCAGUUUGUAGAAACUAUUCAUCUGAACUGGAAACCCUUUCACUUGGUGGGCACCUCAAUGGGAGGAAAUGUAGCAGGAGUGUACGCAGCCUGCUACCCCGCUGACCUCUGCAGCAUGACACUCAUCUGUCCAACUGGUGUAAAAUGCCCUUCCAAGACUAAAUUCGAUAAGCACAUGCGUGAGUUGGAGCUCAGUGAGGACACGCUUGGCGUCUCUCUCAUCCCAUCUACGCCACAAGAGAUGGAGGACAUGCUGAAGCUCUGCUCCCAUGUCCGCUUUAAAGUCCCCCAUCAGAUUCUUCAGGGUCUGGUGGAUGUACGACUUCCACACAAUGAAUUUUAUCACGAAGUGUUUAAGGAGAUUAUGAAGGAGAAAUCUAAAUACGCCCUGCAUGAACACAUGCACCUGAUAACCACCCCUGUUCAAGUCAUUUGGGGAAAGCAGGAUCAGGUAGUGGAUGUGUCUGGUGCAUGUUUGCUGGCUGAAGCUCUGCCAAGUUGUCGUGUGGACCUGCUGGAGCAUUGCGGUCAUUCUGUAGUAAUGGAGCGACCCCGACACACUGCCAAACUGAUCCUGGACUUCGUUAUCUCUCAGAGGAGUUUACCAAAUACCACAACCAAGAAGAAAUUCUAAGGCUUCCUUAUUGACGAAUCAUUUAGCUAAUAGUUAGACAAGACAGUAAGAUUAUAGAAGGUAGAUCAUAUUUUAUCCUUUUUUAUUAUUCUAAAUUAAACUAAAUUUUGAAUGCAAUAUGAAAUAUAUUUAGAUGUUAUUGCUAAACGGGGACUAGUGACCGUCACUGGUCUGUGAAGAGUUUUUUUUUUUUAAAUGUUACAGUGAUGAGUUGUUAUUGAUAAAAUGUUUUGCAGUUAAUAAUUUCACACUUUUAAUUAAAUGAGCUUAAUCCAAAGUUCAAGAACUUACAGAGAUUCUAAAUCUAAUUGCAGUUUGUGAUAAAACUGUGAAAGAUGCUGUUACUCCACUUAAAG